UUCUUUUCUUUUCUUUUUUUUCCCUUUCUCUUUUUUUUUCUUUUCUUUAUUACUUUUUAUUUCAUAAAUAAAUAUCUACUAUAAAAUGACUGCUGCUACUGAACGUGAAGACAAGGUCUACAUGGCUAAAAUUGCUGAACAAGCUGAACGUUAUGAUGAAAUGGUCAAUUAUAUGAAAGAUGUUGUUCAAUUAAAUAAUGGCUUAUCAGUGGAAGAACGUAACCUUUUAUCAGUCGCGUACAAAAACGUGAUUGGUGCUCGUCGUGCCUCGUGGAGAAUUGUUUCUUCUAUUGAGCAAAAAGAAGAAAGUAAAGGUCACAGUACUCAAGCAGCAAAAAUUAAAGAAUACAGAAAUAAAAUUGAACAAGAAUUAUAUGAUGUCUGUAAUGAUAUCUUGAAACUCUUGAAAGAUUAUUUAAUUCCUUCUGCUGAAGCAGGUGAAGCUAAAGUUUUUUAUUAUAAGAUGGAAGGUGACUAUCAUCGUUACGUUGCCGAGUAUGCUACAGGCCCUGCUCGUAAAGAAUCUGCGGACUCUGCUCAUGAAGCUUAUGAAAAGGCUACUGAGGUUGCCACAGCUGACUUAAGUACUACACAUCCCAUUCGUUUAGGUCUCGCUCUUAAUUUUUCUGUCUUUUAUUAUGAAAUCCUUAAUAACCCCAAUAGGGCAUGUGAGUUGGCUAAACAAGCUUUUGAUGAUGCUAUUGCCGAACUUGAUACCUUGAGUGAAGAGUCUUACAAAGACUCCACUUUGAUUAUGCAGUUGUUGCGAGAUAAUUUGACUUUAUGGACUUCUGAUCUUCAGGAAGGUAAAUAGUAUAAAUGAAUACCUUGAUAUGUAUUUCUUUUUUUUUACUCAUCCUAUGUGUAGAAACAGAGAGAGUAGAUGAUUCAAAGGCACCUGUCGAUGACGAGUAAAUAUAUACAUAUACAUAUAUAUAAAUACGUAUAUAUAUGCAUAUACGAAAAAAAAAAAAAAAAAAAAAAA